GCAGCCUGGAGUAAGUGCCCUUAGGCCGCCUCUCGCACCUUGACUCCUGCUGUCCGUGCGAGCCCGUUUGUGGUCUGUGUCCCGUGCACACGCCUGGCAAGCGACGGCGCCAUGAGUCUGACUUCCAGCGUAAAAGUUGAAUGGAUCGCAGCAGUUACCUUUGCUGCGGGCACAGCUGUGAUUGGUUAUCUAGCUUACAAAAGAUUUUAUGGUAAAGAUCAUUGCAACAAAUCAAUGGUCAACCCUCACAUCCAGAAAGGCAACCCCAAGGUAGUACACGCUUUUGACAUGGAGGAUUUGGGAGAUAAAGCUGUGUACUGCCAUCGUUGGAGGUCCAAAAAGUUCCCAUUCUGUGAUGGAUCUCACACAAAACACAAUGAAGAGACUGGAGACAACGUGGGACCUCUGAUCAUUAAGAAAAAAGACACUUAAAUGGACAGUUCUGAUGCUGCAAACCAACUUGUCGUGAUGUUACCUGAUU